ACCAUAUUUUCAUUCACUUCUUUGCCCCAUCUCUCUUAUCACACACCGCCGGAGCAAAUUCCCUCACCAUCUCCAUCAAUGGCGCCAAAGCAAAGAACCCCACAUGCCUGCCGUAACCCAGAUCUCAUCAGGGGUGUUGGCAAAUACUCACGUAGCCAGAUGUAUCACAAAAGAGGUUUGUGGGCCAUCAAGGCCAAAAAUGGCGGCACUUUCCCUACCCACCCGAAAAAGACGGCUGAAGCUCCGGCCGCCGUCAAGCCGCCUAAGUUUUACCCGGCUGAUGAUGUCAAGAAACCCCUUGUUAAUAAGCGUAAAGCUAGACCCACCAAGCUUAGGGCAAGUAUUACUCCUGGAACAGUUUUGAUUAUUUUGGCUGGUAGGUUUAAGGGGAAAAGAGUUGUCUUUUUGAAGCAGCUUACUUCUGGAUUGCUUCUUGUUACUGGCCCAUUCAAGAUUAACGGUGUUCCACUAAGGAGGGUGAAUCAGUCCUAUGUAAUUGCAACUUCGACCAAGAUUGACAUUGCAGGAGUGAAUGCUGAGAAGUUUGAUGACAAGUAUUUCGGUAAAAAAGUUGAGAAGAAGAAAAAGAAGGGUGAAGGAGAGUUCUUUGAAGCUGAAAAGGAGGAGAAGAACCAGUUGCCACAGGACAAGAAAGAUGAUCAGAAGACAAUCGAUGCUGCAUUGAUAAAAUGUAUUGAGGCCGUUCCAGAACUGAAGAGCUAUUUGGGUGCCAGGUUUUCACUCAAGGCAGGCAUGAAACCCCAUGAGCUUGUAUUUUAGAUGGACAGCACUUCUCUGCUUAGGAUUGAGCUUUGUCUGUUGGAGUCUGUAGCUUUCGUGUUUUUUGUCGUUUUAAUUUUAUACUAUGCUUGGACUAGAUUUCCAUUUCAUUUGCCCCCUCUGGUUUAUCUGAUUUUUGGAACAAUACUUGAGUUCUCUAAAUUGCGAUUGGCUUCAAUUUUGUUGCU